AUGGUUUGCUCAAAGUGCCAGAAGAAGGUCGCAAAGACGGAGCUCGUCACUCCAGCAGUUAAGAAUAAGAGUGAGAUGUAUUAUGGGUCUCAUAUGGGCUCUUCCGCUGGCGGCGGUGGCACCCGCGGUGGCGAUAGUAAAAAGUCAUCAGUGACUUUAGGGAAUACUGGGGUCUCAAAGGUAUGCUUGAUACGCAGACCUCCUUCACCUACUGUUUCUAUCUCAUUAUUGUUUUUUGCAAUACCGCAUCCACGUGUAAUGCCUGUCUAUAUACACGGGAAGCAACGGUUUUUCCCGAAUAUACGCCAGGGUUGCGGCACCUUCAAGGACACCUCUCGCCCAAGAAAGCUCGGAAUCCCUACGCUGCAUAUUCAAGUUCCUGUGAGAGCUGCAGCACGAAAACGAGUCAGGGAUGGAAAUAUUGCCAGAAAUGCAGUUAUCGAAAACAGCUAUGUGCAAUGUGCGGCAAGAGUCUGA